UUCUCAUUCAACUCUUUAGUCUACGGUUCAACAUGGCUCUCAAAGCACUUGUCGGGCAAAAGAUUAUGAAUGAGGUGAUCCGGUAUCGGUCAAAAGGAAAAGAUAAAAUAGAAUGGCGAGUCCUAGUGGUAGACCAGUUAUCCAUGCGAAUGGUGUCAGCAUGCUGCAAAAUGCAUGACAUCUCAGCUGAAGGCAUCACUUUGGUGGAAGACAUCCACAAGAAAAGAGAGCCACUUUGCACCAUGGACGGCAUAUAUCUCAUCACUCCGUCUGAAAAGUCAGUACAUGCUCUCAUCAAUGACUUCUCUGUUGGAAACCGCAUCAUGUACAGGGCUGCACAUGUCUUCUUCACUGAAGCUUGUCCUGAUGCACGUUUUGAUGAAUUAUCUCGUAGUCCUGUAGCUAAAUAUAUCAAAACAUUAAAGGAAAUCAACAUUGCUUUUAUUCCUUAUGAACAACAGGUGUUCUCUCUGGAUUCGCCUGAGACAUUCCAAUGCAUGUACAACCCAGCCCUGGCUCAGACUCGCAAUGCCAACAUGGAGCGCAUCGCUGAACAGAUAGCCACCCUAUGCGCUACUCUCGGAGAAUACCCCUCAGUCCGGUACCGCAGUGACUGGGAACGCAAUGUCGAACUCGCUCAACUGAUCCAACAGAAGCUUGAUGCAUACAAGGCCGACGAGCCGACUAUGGGCGAGGGACCAGAGAAAGCUCGCUCUCAAUUGCUGGUAAUUGAUCGUGGAUUCGACUGCGUAUCGCCCUUGCUGCAUGAGCUGACUCUUCAGGCGAUGGCAUACGAUCUCUUGCCUAUUGAAAACGAUGUCUAUAAAUAUGAUUCAUCUGGAAACAUGAAGGAAGUCCUGCUGGAUGAGAACGACGAGCUGUGGGUGGAACUGCGACACCAGCACAUUGCUGUUGUAUCUACAUCUGUCACCAAGAACUUGAAAAAGUUUACUGAAUCCAAACGCAUGGGUGGAGGUGACAAGCAGUCCAUGCGCGAUCUCUCCCAGAUGAUCAAGAAAAUGCCUCAGUAUCAAAAGGAGCUCUCGAAGUAUGCCACACAUCUGCGCCUCGCUGAAGACUGCAUGAAGGCCUAUCAAGGCUAUGUCGACAAAUUAUGCAAAGUCGAGCAGGAUCUCGCUAUGGGCACUGACGCUGAAGGCGAGAAAAUUAAAGACCACAUGAGGAGCAUUGUGCCUGUGCUUCUUGAUCAGGCUGUGAUUAACUUCAACAAGAUGCGCAUCAUCGCAUUAUACAUCAUGUCCAAGAAUGGCAUCUCGGAAGAGAACUUAAACAAAUUGGUUACACAUGCGCAGCUUGAACCCUCCGAUAAGCAGACCUUGCUUAACCUUGCCAACUUGGGACUCAAUGUUGUGGUGGACGGUAACAGAAAAAAGCAAUAUCAAGUACCAAGGAAGGAGAGGAUCACAGAACAAACUUACCAAAUGUCAAGAUGGACACCUGUCAUCAAGGAUAUCAUGGAAGACGCCAUUGAAGAUAAACUAGAUCAACGUCACUUUCCAUUCUUGGCUGGACGCGCCCAAACUUCAGGAUACCAGGCACCAACUAGUGUGCGCUACGGACACUGGCAUAAAGACAAAGCGCAGCAGACUAUUAAAAACGUACCACGCCUGAUUGUCUUCGUUGUUGGAGGCGUCUGCUUCUCUGAAAUUCGCUGCGCGUACGAAGUAACAGCUGCGCUUAAGAACUGGGAGGUGAUCAUCGGCUCUUCCCACAUACUGACCCCUGACAACUUCCUGUCAGAUCUCAGCUCUCUAACCGCCUAAAUCGGGAAUGCUUGAGAAGCCGGCUAUCUACAUUACAGAAAUUCAUAAAGUGAUUGCCUAACUUUGUUUUGAAUAGUCGAAGCUAGCGAGAUGUCUAGGCCCAAUACAUUGAAACGCAUGUACUUAUGUAUGCAUUACAUAAAAAAAUGUUCAGUGUUGCUCUACUUCGACCCUUUUAUUGUGAUAUCAGCAUAUAGUAACUAUGCAAAAGCAUAGUAUAUGGCAAAACUUAAUUUAUUUUAAGGGCCAAUUUUACUUUAGUACCGCUUAUUCUUACCAGCACUACCAUCUGACACAGUCAGCCUGGUUGUUUUUGAAUACAAAUAUUUUUUGUAUGUACUAUAAAUAACUAAGUACCUUUUGAAAUUUGAGAUCAGAGUGCAAAAGUGCUUUACAUUAUUAAUAAUGAUUACGUUUUAUCUUUCAUAUUACGUUUUGUUGUAUAGCAACUUGAUCAAAAUAUUUAUAUUGUUGACAUUUAUUUCAAAGUAAUUUUAUCAAUAUUGGAAUUAUUAGUUUGUAAGUUUUCAAUGUAUUAUUUUGUUGAUAGGAAUGUUAAACAUAACAUAGCAUGGUUUUGCGUAAUAUUAAUAUCGACUGAUUCAAACAACAUGCUAUUGUUAAAUUAUGGUACAUUAAAUAUUUCUAUCGAGGUAAUAUUUGAAAGUAUAGACGUAGUUCUAAAGAUAAUCUACAAAAUUAUAGUGAGUACAAUGUCUUUUAUCAUGUGUGUGUUUACUAGUUGUAAAUUUCGCUUCCAAAAACCGUUGUGCAGUUAAUUUAAUGCCAAAUGCUAGAAUCUUACAAGUAUUACUGUAGACAUAAUUUGUGAAGAGAACUCUGUUAUUUAAAAACUGCACCUUUGAUUACUAUGUACAGCGCACUGCGGUCGAGCUAAAUAUCGCGUCGACUUGAUGUAGUUCACGAUACUCACAAAACUAUUACACUUAUCUAUGAUAUAAUGCUGCGUGUUUGCUUUUCACAAUAAGAACCGUUACGUUUACAUUCCAAACUUCCUGUAUUAUAGUCAUUAGACAAUGUUUUACUCUUGAAAUUAUUUAGUAUUUACCUCUUACAUUGUUUGUACUAAGUCAGGUACGUUUAACGUAUUGGUGAUUUACUAUUUUAACCUAAAAUAUCGUGUAGAAUGUUCUAGAUAGGCCACAUGACCUUUCACAUGCCAUUCAACAAAAUGAAAUGUUAUUCACUGUUGAAAUAAUAUCGAACUUGUAUGUUGGUCUCAUCGUAAUCUGGCCACUGUUAUCUAAAAAUUUUCAUAAAUUGUGUGUUAAUGAAGGAUUGUGCAAUUAUGUAGGACGUAUUCGUGUUACUAGCCAGUCAAAUCAUAAUUAUCAGUAUUUAAUUGUUAACAAUUUCAUUAAAUUAUUUAAUCAUUAUUAAAUAAUA